CACAGAAGCCGGGGGUCUCAGCGGAGUCGGGGUCUCAGCAGAGCCGGGGGUGUCACAGGAGCCGGGGUCGCACCGGAGCCGGGGGUCUCAUGGAGGCCGAAGGCUUCGCCCUCUGCCAGGCGCCCGCGCUGCAGACCAAGGUGUUCCAGUACCGGCUGUGGGACGUGAACCAGCGCUCGCUGUACCUGCGCGACGAGCAGCUGCUGGCCGGGCACCUGCAGGGCGCCAACGCCGCGCUGGAAGAGAAGGUGUUCUGGGUGCCCAACCGCGCCCUGGAGCCCGCGCGGCUGCCGGUGAUCCUGAGCGUGCGGAGCGGCUCCCGCUGCCUGCGCACCGAGCGCGGCCCCGGCGGAGAACCGCGGCUGCGGCUGCAGGACGUGGACAUCCGGGAGCUGCCCCGCGCCGGUGACAGCGCUGUCGCCUUCACCUUCUUCCGCUCCUACCGGGACGGGCUGUGGCGCUUCGAGUCGGCCGCGCACCCCGGCUGGUUCCUGUGCACGUCCCCGCGCGGCCACCAGCCCCUGGCGCUGUGUCGCCACGGCGAUGUCACCUCCCAGCUGCUCGACUUCUACUUCCAGCUCUGCUGAGCGCCCCCGGUCCCCGCGCGGGGACAGCGGAGCCCCAGGGUGGUGGCAUCUUCCUGGGGAGGGUGGCAUCACCCCCAGG